AUGCCUAACCAUGUACCCCUCAGAAGCCUACUCCUGCUUUCUCUGAUUCAAAAACGUUUCUUGAAAACAUCUGCAUCACCGUCAUCAUUUAAUGUUCAAUACCUCAUCGAUUCAUGCGGACUUCCUUCACUGUUGGCCCUUUCAACUUACCAGAAGCUCCAACUCGACAAGAAGAACCUCCCAAAUGCUUAUUCUGUGCUUCAGUACUUGAAAGCUCAUGACUUUAGCAACACCCACAUUUCCAAACUAAUCGACAAGUAUCCCCGAGUCCUUCAAGUCAGAGUGGAAAGCAAUCUAAAACCCAAAUUCGACUUCUUCACUGAAAAUGGGUUUGUGGGUCAGCUUCUGCCUCAGCUUAUUCUAUCAAAUCCGUCUGUUUUGAGAAGAGCUUUAGAUUCUCAAAUAAAACCAUGUUUCGAGUUAUUGAACUCACUUCUUGGUUGUAAGGAGAACCUUGUAGUGGCUCUUAAGCGUGCUUCUUGGCUGUUGACGGUGAAUCUUAAGGUUGUUAUUCAACCAAAUGUUGAUUUGUUGAUUAAAGAGGGAUUGCCUCUUGAUAGGGUUGCAAAGCUUAUUCUCUGGCAACCAAGAGCUGUACUACAAAAGAUGGACAGGAUGGUUUAUGCAUUACAUGCUCUUAAGAGUAUGGGCCUUGAUGUAGAAGAUAAUAUCUUUAUACAUGCUCUUCGCGUGAGGAUACAGUUGCCUGAAACGACUUGGAAGAAGAAAAUUGAAGGGAUGAAGAGUUUGCAGUGGAGUGAAGAGGAGAUUUUGGGGGCUUUUAAACGCUACCCCCCAAUACUAGCAUUGUCAGAGAAGAAAAUCAGGAGUUCAAUGGAUUUCUUUAUCAAUACAAUGGAGCUGGAGAGACAAAACAUAAUUGCCUGCCCCCUUUUUCUUGGCUAUUCAAUUGAUAAAAGGGUUCGUCCAAGGUAUAAUGUUAUAAAGGUUUUGAAGUCGAAGAAGCUGAUAAGUAGAGACAAGAAGAUGACUACCUUGCUAACAAUAAACGAGAAGAAUUUCUUGACAAAUUAUGUCAGCAGGUAUGUAGAUGUAGUCCCUGGUUUAUUGGAGCUGUACAUGGGUAAUGGUAAGACAAAAAUGAAAGAUAGUUGA